GAGGGGAUGAAUUUGGGGCGUGACAUUUCUUUAUAACACCCAGUCUGUCCCUUCAGUCCUCACUCGGACUGUCCCAUUUUCUUUCACUUCUUGCACGCCGUGAACUCCAGAAACACCAUGUCAGAUCUCCAGAAAUCAAUGAGUACGCUGAUUGCAGUCUUUUACAAAUACUCAGGAAAGGAGGGAGACAAAAAGACCCUGAGCAAAGGCGAGCUCAAGGAACUGAUCACAAAAGAGAUGGGAGACAUCUCUGGGAAAACCUUUAACCAGGCAGAACUGGACAAGAUGUUUAAGGAUCUGGAUGCAAAUAAAGAUGGCACUGUGGACUUCAAGGAGUACAUCACCAUGGUCGCCGGCAUCACUAUGAUUUGCAAUGACUUCUUCCAAAAAUAAUGAUCUUGUCCUGACAGAAAGGGUUUAUCUGUAAUGCAGGGG